AUGAUAAUGAGCAACCCCAUCCAUCGCGAUUCCAUCUCGACGAUCACGGAGCAUGAAUACGCAGCGGUGGAGCACGAUCGCAACCCGACCCGCGAAGAAAUCCCCACUAUCAUCUUCACGGAUCAAGAUACGGCGGGGCUGGAUACCCCUCACGUCGACCCACUCGUGGUCAGCUUGCACAUCAGUGACUCCAGCGUAGCAAGAAUCCUGAUCGAUACCGGGAGCACGGUGAAUCUAAUCUACAAAGAGACCCUCAACCGCAUGGAAAUCAGCAGAGACCAGAUCAAGCGUUCGUUGUACUCCCUCACCGGGUUCACCUCCGAACACGUCUCAGUGAAGGCACGAUCCGCCUACCUAUCCACGUCGGCGGAACAACCAAAGCCGCCGAAUUCUUCGUCAUCGAUAAACCAGCCAUUUACAACGCCAUUUUGGCACCCCAUGGCUCCACGAGAUGAAGGCCGUCGUCUCGACCUUUCACCAAUGUGUGAAAUUCCCGGCACAAUCAGGAAUUUACACACUGAGAGGGAAUCAGGGGGCAGCAAGGUCAUGCUUCCUCUAUGA